AUGCCUUCUUGGUUACUUCUGUUCGCUUCAUGUGCUGCUCUUGUUGCAUUAUCUAUGCAAGAUUGUAAGCCUGGUGAAUAUGGUAUUAGGGAAUGUUCUCCGUGUCCAGAGGGCUAUUAUUGUCCGAAUGGUCGAUUUACUCUAUUUUGCCCUCCUGGAUUUUACAGUUCGAGUGAGGGUGCAGCUAAAUGUACAAAGUGUGAUUCGGGUACAUAUGCUCCACGUCGUGCUUCGGCCUAUUGUCAUUCUUGUCUGGCAGGUUAUUAUUGCGACGACCCAACAUCAACUCCUAAAAAAUGUCCGGCAAAUAGUUAUAGUAACGAUGGGGCUAUAUCAUGUCAAAAAUGUCAGGAUGGGUGGACAAGUCAAGAAGGUUCUUCUUCGUGUAUACCUCCUUCAUCAACAUCAUGCACUGGCUAA